GGACGCACAAUUAAACUACUUACGUACUUAAAAACUGCAAAUAACACAUAAUUUAAUGGUAAAGUUUAAAUCAGCGAAUUAUUUAUAUCGGGUACCAGAUUCAUACUACUCAAUAUAGGCGUCCAUUGGCAACACUGCUUAGGUGCUUAGUAGGCGUUAGUAGGCUGUCAAAACCCAUAAAUAAUAAGGCUUAUGGCAAAUUUAAAACGGACAUAAGAUAGCAGAAUAAAUAAGUUUAAUUUGUACAAAUAAUAAGCAAGUUGUAUGUGCAAAUUUACCUAUUAAUAAUUAAAUAUACAGUGUAAGAUAAAAUGUCUAAAAAUGUUGAUUCACUCCAAUUACCUUCAACUGAGAUGUUUGAUGGAAGUGUAGUCGAUUCCUGUAACAUCCAACAGAAAAUUAACAACUUAUUAGAAACUAUUAAGCAGGAACGGCUAAAGUUUAAUUCCUACUGUAUUCUAAUCGAAAUAAUAUCCGAUUCGAUAAAAAACAAUUCUAUCAGUGAAAAUGUGAAACAAAAAGUUGAAAAGGUGGUAUUUACAGCCAGAGUGAAUACUUGUUUAGAAAUAAAAAACUUAACUGCAUAUGAAUCUCUUAGCUCACAACUUCUAGGGGUUUUAGAAAUUUCUCCCGUUGAGUUAACUUCUGAAGAACGUUAUGAAUUGAAGAAUGUAGUGCAGCAAACAUUGUCUAAAAGAUUUUCUGAUUUUACCUGUAAUUUAGAAAAAGCAAACAUACCCCAGUAUGAUUCAAUGGAUUCUCAUUUAAAGUUGUCCUCUUAUUUGAACCCAAGUCUUCCUGUAAAAAUUUUGUUUGAAGAAAAGCUUAAGUUAAAUAAGCAACAGGAUUUAUACUAUAAAAAUUUGAUACAGUAUUAUAAAAUAUUGGAAGAUUUUAUAAAACUACGUGUGAAUAAAUUUCCAAGUUGCUGUCAAGGAAAAGUACAGGAAUACAACUAUUUAAACAAAAUGUAUGGAUUACGAGCUGAAGUUUUAAAUAGUAAGGUCAAUUUAGGAAUUUUUACGGAGACAAAAUCAUCUUUAGCAUCUUAUAAAGGGAUUAUAAAAGAAUUAAAAGAACAGCAGAAGAAAUCUAAAUAUGAAAUUUUAAAACUGAGAGAACUAAAGGAGCAGUACCUACAAGUGUCUAAUAAACAAUUCAAUGAAAUUUUAACUAGUUAUAAACACUAUAAGGCUAGUUAUGAAAAAAUAAAAAUACUGCAUGAAAAAUUAAAUUUGAGUUAAUUUUUAAAACAGCCCAUUUAUGUUUUAUUAAAAUUAACUGUGCACAUUAUAUGUUUACUUUAGUUAAGAAUAUUUUAUGUAAUGAAAUAAUUAUACAAAUGCAUUAGUAAUAUAAAGACUGGCUUUUGCAAAUGUA